CCUUUUUCCUACAAUUCAAACCAUGGAUAAACCUCAAGAAGAGAUGCAAGAAGUAGGUUUUUUUGGCAUCUACAAAGAAUCUGUUAAGACCAUUCUUUUAUGGAAGAAAAUCUUCACACAGAUUACGUUAACUUUCAUCUUACCCAUGUCCUUUAUCUUCCUUGCUCAUAUUGUCGUUGCAGAAAUAAUCGAUUGGAAGAUCGAGGGUGAUGAAGACAGGUUAUACCGUCGAGACGGAGAUAGCCAUCUGUAUCACAAGCUAUCAUCUGAAUGGAUCGGAUAUUGGAUCUUCAGACUAAUCUACAUGAGCUUCCUACUCCUUUUCUCUCUUCUCUCAACUGCAGCCGUUGUUUACACAAUCGCCGCUGCAUAUUCUGGAGACGAGGUGACUUUCAAGAAAGUCUUGAAAAUCGUCCCUAAAGUGUGGAAAAGACUUUCCCUAACUUUCUUGUGGACUUACUUAGGUUUCUUCAUUUACAACGUCGUCACUGGAGUUGUGUUCUUCAUUUGGGCAACCACGACCACGGACUCCACCUUUGCGGUUGUUGUGUUUUACAUACUGCUUUCUAUGUAUCUCAUAGGAUUCAUAUAUAUAACUGUUAUUUGGCAGUUAGCUAGUGUGGUUACUGUUUUAGAAAGCUCUUAUGGUCUCAAAGCGAUGAUGAAGGGCAACGCUCUCAUUAAAGGAAAGAGGUGGCUAUCAUGGUUCACAUUCUUUGGAUUGUAUUGCAUAUUUGUGGGCAUCUUGAUACUUUUCUAUCUGUUCGUGUGGUAUGGAUUUGUCGGCAUACUAGUGGGACUAGUUUGUGUUUUUUUACUUAUGAAUCUGUUUCUUCUUGGCUACGUUGUGCAAACGAUGCUCUACCUUGUUUGUAAAUCAUAUCACCGGGAACCCAUUGAUAAGAUGGGCUUGUCAACUCAGCUUGGAGGUUAUCUCGGUGAAUUCGAACCUGCUUUCAAGGCGAAUAAGGAUAUUCAGCUAGGACAACCUCAAGUUCAAGUCUGAUACCUUUCAAUGAUAGUAACGAUCAACAAAAUACUACAAAUAAUGUGUUUUUCUACCAAAGGCGGCGUUGAAAUUAAAAAUUGGACGUUUCUUUUUUGUUGGAGUGUACGUUAUGUGCAAAUGUAUUGAUCAUCUUCUAAUAAAUGAAGAACGAAAAAUUGUUGAUA